AGAUGCUUCUGGGUCGCUGUAGGAAAGGCGGUUCGGUGGGGCUGUGUGUGAGCGCCUGAGAGCCCCGCGUUAGAGCGACCCGGAGAGGGAUGGCGGCUAAUCGGACCGCGGCCGCUGCGGCCACCGGCAAGCUCCUCAUCCUACUGCUGCUCGGGCUUACGGCGCCCGCCGCGGUGCUGGCCGGGUACAUCGAGGCUCUUGCAGCCAAUGCUGGAACAGGAUUUGCCGUUGCCGAACCUCAAAUUGCAAUGUUUUGUGGGAAGUUGAAUAUGCAUGUGAACAUUCAGACUGGGAAAUGGGAACCUGACCCAUCGGGUACCAAGAGCUGCUUUGGAACAAAGGAGGAAGUUCUUCAGUACUGUCAGGAGAUAUAUCCAGAGCUGCAGAUCACAAAUGUGAUGGAAGCAAACCAGCCAGUCAAUAUUGACAGUUGGUGCCGAAGGGAUAAAAAACAAUGCAAGAGUCACGUUGUUAUACCUUUCAAGUGUCUUGUGGGUGAAUUUGUAAGUGAUGUUCUGCUGGUUCCAGAAAAGUGCAAGUUUUUCCACAAAGAACUGAUGGAGGUAUGCGAGAACCAUCAGCACUGGCACAAUGUAGUCAAAGAGGCAUGUCUGACUGAAGGAAUGACCUUGUAUAGCUAUGGCAUGCUGCUGCCCUGUGGAGUAGACCAGUUCCAUGGCACUGAGUAUGUGUGCUGCCCUCAGACCAAGAUAGUUGAUUCUGACUCUACUAUGUCAAAAGAAGAGGAGGAGGAGGAGGAGGAGGAAGAGGAUGAAGAAGACGACUAUGAUAUUUAUAAAAGUGAAUUUCCUACUGAAACAGAUUUAGAAGACUUCACAGAAGCAGCUGUGGAUGAGGAGGAUGAGGAUGAGGAAGAAGGAGAGGAAGUGGUGGAAGAUCGUGAUUACUACUAUGACACUUUUAAAGGAGAUGACUACAAUGAGGAGAACCCAACGGAACCCAGCAGCGACAGCUCUAUCUCAGACAAGGAAAUUGCUCACGAUGUUAAAGCUGUCUGCUCCCAGGAGGCGAUGACGGGGCCCUGCCGGGCUGUGAUGCCUCGUUGGUACUUCGACCUCUCCAAGGGAAAGUGCGUGCGCUUUAUAUAUGGCGGCUGCGGCGGCAACAGGAACAAUUUUGAGUCUGAGGAUUAUUGUAUGGCUGUGUGUAAAGCGAUGAUUCCCCCAACUCCUCUGCCAACCAAUGAUGUUGAUGUAUAUUUUGAGACCUCGGCUGAUGAUAAUGAGCAUGCUCGCUUCCAGAAGGCUAAGGAACAGUUGGAAAUUCGGCACCGCAACCGUAUGGACAGGGUAAAGAAGGAAUGGGAAGAGGCAGAGCUUCAAGCCAAGAACCUCCCCAAAGCAGAGAGACAGACCCUCAUUCAGCAUUUCCAAGCUAUGGUUAAAGCUUUAGAGAAGGAAGCAGCCAGUGAGAAGCAGCAACUGGUAGAAACCCAUUUGGCUCGAGUGGAAGCCAUGCUGAAUGACCGUCGACGGGUGGCUCUGGAGAACUACCUGGCUGCCUUGCAGUCUGACCCACCUCGGCCUCAUCGUAUUCUCCAAGCCUUGAGGCGUUAUGUUCGUGCUGAGAACAAAGAUCGCCUGCAUACUAUUCGUCAUUACCAACACGUGCUGGCUGUUGACCCAGAAAAGGCUGCCCAGAUGAAAUCCCAGGUGAUGACACACCUCCAUGUGAUUGAAGAAAGAAGGAACCAGAGCCUUUCUCUGCUUUACAAAGUUCCUUAUGUGGCCCAAGAAAUUCAAGAGGAAAUUGAUGAGCUCCUUCAGGAACAGCGAGCAGACAUGGACCAGUUCACUGCCUCCAUCUCAGAGAGCCCUGUGGACGUCCGGGUGAGCUCUGAGGAGAGUGAGGAGAUUCCGCCAUUCCAUCCCUUCCAUCCCUUCCCAUCCUUAUCUGAAAAUGAAGACACUCAGCCGGAGUUGUACCACCCAAUGAAAAAAGGGUCUGGAAUAGGAGAGCAAGACGGGGGACUGAUUGGUGCAGAAGAAAAAGUGAUAAACAGUAAGAAUAAAAUGGAUGAAAACAUGGUGAUUGAUGAGACUCUGGAUGUUAAGGAAAUGAUUUUCAAUGCCGAGAGAGUUGGAGGCCUUGAGGAAGAACCGGAAUCUGUGGGACCUCUGAGGGAGGACUUCAGCUUGAGCAGCAGCGCCCUUAUUGGCUUGCUGGUCAUUGCAGUGGCCAUUGCUACAGUCAUUGUCAUCAGCUUGGUGAUGCUGAGGAAGAGGCAAUAUGGCACCAUCAGCCAUGGGAUUGUGGAGGUGGACCCAAUGCUCACCCCAGAAGAGCGUCAUCUGAACAAGAUGCAGAACCAUGGCUAUGAAAACCCGACCUACAAAUACCUAGAGCAGAUGCAGAUUUAAGUGAAGGAAGUGUCACACCCUGGUUGGAGGUAAUGCAGGUGGGCAGAAGAUGUCCAGCAUUUGUGCUUAACUGCUGACCACCGAUGGCCAGAAGGUCUCAUCUUACAGCCUGCCCUCCUGGAUUGUUAAGACUAUAAAGUACUACUGUAGGAUUGCAAUUUCCAUUCUUUUAAAUGGGUGAAAAAUGUUAAUAUAACUAUAUGAUAUAUAAACCUUAAAAAAUGAUCUAUUGCAGAUAUCUGAUGGAUGUAGUUUUCUUUUUAAAAUUAAUUAGAAAUGCCACUUCUAUUAUAUUGUCUCACAUACAAUAUAUAAAUGGAAAAACAUUAAUUUUUUUCAACGACAGACUGUAUGAGCAGGCUGUUUGUUCCAGUUGCAUUAUAUAAGUCAGUUCUUCAGGCUCAUUUGCUGUCCUGGUUUUUAUUUUUAUUUUUUAAUGUAAAAAGGCAGUAUUCCCUUUUAAAAGUUGCUGAGAAACUAAAUGAACCUGAGCAUCAUGAUACACUCAUAAACUGUUUCAAAGGACCAGUUUCUUGGAAGCCAUGUGUUUCCAGUGCUGGGUACCUGGGUGUUUCUAUACUUACCCUGUCACCAAGUAGGGGUUAAGGCAUUUUUACUCUGGCAUCUCCAGUGAGCCUAAUACAUACAGAUGAGGGUGUUCCCUGCUGCUUCCCUGGAAAUCCAGUUCUUCCAUAGCAACUAGCCUGUAGUUGAUAUGUGCCGUUCUUCCACUCUUGUUUACUGAGCUUUUUAUUACCCGCUUCCCCUUACAAAGUGUGUCCAAAUGUGCAGCCUCUUCCUCUUUGGACAUCUCCUGCCAAGGCACUGACCCUCCGCCCUCCUUUGUACCUCACUUGCACCCCCACCUCCCUCACCAGCCCUUCUGAUGUUCACUCAGAGAAGACCACAGUAAGUUAGGUGACUGAGGACCCAGGAGAGUGCGUGGGAGGCUUCUUCAUGUGAAAGGAGAAUGUUCUAGGCUGUACAUGAAACUGGAUCUGUAGACACUGUAGAAAUCUUUGAAAUUUUUUGUUUCCUUCACAUGAGUCUUUGUAACACUCAAUGUAGCUGAUGUUGAUGCUCACAACUUUUGGGGUUUUUUUUUGUUAUUUGUUUUGUUUUUAUUUUGUUUUAAUCUGAAGGUUCUGGUAACCUGUGGUGUGUUUUUUUUCUCUUUUUGUGAUUUCCUCCUCUCCUUCCUCCCCCUUGGUCCUAGCCAUGCCUCUUCCCACUAUGCACAGAUUAAACUUCACCUACAGACUCCUUUAUAUGAUCUGUGGAGAAUGUACAGAAUUUAAACACAUCAAUAAAUACUUUAACUUCCACCAAGA